GUAAGGGUUAGGUAAGGGUUAGGAUGAGGACUCAGGACAUAUAUAUCACCCUUCUACAAGUCACAAGUUUCCCAGUGGAUUCACCAAAAACGAAUUACUGCACACCUCCACAUGACCAGCCCAACGUCAGAGCAUAAAAAUCCAUUAAUAAUGAGAGAAUUGUGCAAUCAGAUUCCAGUGGGUGAAAUCACAUGUGCCUCAUAUGCUACAGAUUACGUCUGAGCAGAUGGAGAGAGAGCAACAUGCAUAGGAUCCCGAUUCUAAAAGUGAAGAAUGUGUGGGAAUCAAGGAUCAGCAUUUGAUUUCGAUCAAGGGCAAUUCUAUGCACACCAAUGAGAAGCUGGGUUAACCACUGUGUGAAAUGCAUUACUCUUUAUAAUAGUAAUGUCAAGAGAAGUGAAGUUGCAUUAAACAUAUGAAAUAUUUUUUCAAACCUUUGGAUCUGCAUCUAAAAGUAGAAAUUGCUUGCAAUCAGACAAAUCUUGUGAGGUCCCCAAAUUUAAUUUUUCCUGGUCCCGUGCUUUGGAUUUGGGUUGGAGUCUGUAUCUCUGGUAAUGGGCCUCACAUGUUACAGAUCCUGUGGCAGAACUCGAGUUCGACCCAUUGGCAGAUCAAAUAUUGCAUGCUGGAUCUAUACACACUUUCUGAGCUGUUCAUGUAUAUCCUGCAUUAAACUUUUAUUGAAAGUAAGAAUACUAAUUAUUAGAAAAUACAACUAUGAAACAAAUGCAAUAGGAAAUUAAUGUGUCUAAUUUAUCCAUAGUCACAUGUUGGUCUUGUUCUAAUUUCUGGUCCUAUGAUUAUGAUUCUGUCCAAAAAAAAAAAAAAAUUCCCUUAUGAUUAGUUACAUUUGCAAUGCAAUCACAGGCAAAAACAUUAUGUAAGUACACUGAAGACAAAAAAUCUCUACUGAUAUGAGUGCCAGAUAUUCUUAUAUGGUAGGUUUUAAAAUCUUUCAUUCCCCAAAUCUUAUUGAAAGUUUUGCUUGCAUCUGAUAUUUAAACCCAGACACACCUACAAAUUACAAAACAUUUCAUUAGGCAUGACUAAACUAUAAUACUGAGUUGUAACCAAUCAGAGCAUUUGUGUGUGUUAGUGAGGUCAGGCAUUUGGUUUACUUAAAUGGAGAGGGCUGCUCUCUCAUUCACACACUGCUAAAAUCCAGGAUCACUCUUCAGUUGAAAACAUUCUUCAAGACGACAACACAGAAUCAACAUGCAUAGUAAAGACCAAAUCUGCCAUGAGGACUAUCAGAGAACAGCAGACUGGCUGCUGUCCCAGACACAGCAUAGACCCAAAGUAGCCAUCAUCUGCGGCUCUGGACUGGGAAUGCUGGCAGAUGCGCUCAAAUGCCAAGACUCUUUCAAAUACUCUGACAUACCUGGCUUUCCUCAGAGCACAGUGAAGGGUCAUGCUGGAAGACUGGUUUUUGGAGAGCUCAAAGGGAAGACCUGCGUAUGCAUGCAGGGCCGCUUCCACAUGUAUGAGGGGCACUCACUAAGCAAGGUCACUUUUCCAGUAAGAGUGUUCAAGCUCCUGGGUGUCGAAACCUUGAUUGUCACUAAUGCUGCAGGGUCAUUAGCGGACACUUAUAACUGUGGUGAUAUUAUGAUCAUACGUGACCACAUUAACUUCCCUGGACUUGCUGGACUGAACCCGCUCAGUGGCCCUAAUGAUGAUAAGUUUGGUCCUCGGUUUCCACCCAUGUCUGGGGUUUAUGACAAAAGCCUACGGAAGAUGGCGUUCGACAUCUGUAAGAGCAUGGGUGUCUCCCAGUAUGUCCAAGAAGGCGUCUACUGCAUGGUGGGAGGACCCAACUUUGAGAGCAUAGCUGAGGCCCGCCUUCUGCACAAACUGGGAGUGGAUGCAGUUGGAAUGAGUACUGCACCAGAAGUGUUGGUCGCCAGUCAUUGUGGCAUGAGGGUCUUCGGUCUCUCCCUCAUCACUAACAAAGUGGUGAAAAGCUAUGAGGACAAUGAGUCUGUCAAUCAUGAAGCUGUGCUGGAAGUGAGCAAAAUGCGUUCGGAAACGCUGCAGGCGCUCGUCACAGAGCUCAUCAGCCGUAUGGACAUCAACAACAACACGGCGUGAUGUCAUCAACACUGGAACUGCCAAUCAAAACCUUACCCAGGAAAAUCUGCAGCUAUACUAUGAUCAUGUUUUUCAUUACUUUAUACUUUUCAAUGCAGUUACAGAGCAUCUGUUUCAAUAACACAUUAUAAAUAUUUAAAUGUUAAGAAUUUACUAUUUGCUGUGAUCAAAAAUAUGAUCUAGUUUGAUGGUGACAUAACAACAAAUUUAAAACACUGGGCUAUUCCAUAGUUUAUUCAUUAAAUGUUAGUCUUUUUUGUGCUUUUUGGAAGGCUGUAUAUACAUUUGUAUAUUGGUGAUUUCAUAAUAUGAAUCCCACCUUUAUUUGGGGAAUUAUGCAGAAACAAAAUGUAUGCACUGCUGUUCAUUAUACAAACUAUAACUCCCAGUGUUAAUAUGUUGAUGAUAAAGUUGGGUAUUUGAAUCAUUGUUAUGCUAUGUAUAAUACAUUUUAUAUUUACUGUUCGUGUUGUAAAUGUGCCAUUAAAUAUAGACCGUUUUGUAUAACCUUCUCUUCUAUAAACAUGCAUCUUAACUUAGAAAUAUCAAGCAAUUAAAGUGUAUCUUGAAAACAAGUA